ACAAAAGCUAUUCACAAUGUUCAAGAUUUCAAUAAAAGACUAAUACGUUUUACCCAAAACAAACGUGCUGUUUUUAGCAAAAUAAAAAAUAAAUAAAUAAAAAAAAUGUGAUAUUUUACUGUCGUAUUGUGAAAAUCUAUUUAAUAUAAGUACUUAAGUAUUCAAGUAGAAUUUAUAUUAUGAUAUAAUCAUAACGUUACAGAAAAUAAAUGAAGAACAAACAAUUUUAAUAAAAAAUGGCGUUUAAUGCUAGAAAGUUGGAGAUUAUAUUAAAGGAAGUGAAUGCAGAUCUUGUUAAAGAAGGUGUUUUGGCAGAGAGAGUGACACAAGAUAUAUGGACAAAGCUAAUGUCUAACCUGACACAAGGAGAAUACACAAUGGCUAUUCCGAUAAGGAAAGAUUUACAAAUACACGUGAGGAAAAAGCGACAGAAUAAAAUGUACACUUUUAAUAAAAUCAUACACAGACUUGAUGAAAUCUUAGACAGAUAUAUCCCUCCGCCGGUCCUUAUUGAUGACAAAAAUGAGAAGUGGGAGAAACAGGGGAAACAGAAUUCAGUGAAAUCUGUGAAGAUAAAAGUACCAGCGGAAACUAUACCCACAUUAGAAUCGAUGUCUGAUAAAAUGAAAGCCAUGAACGAGGAAACAAAGCGCAUUCACUCAUCAAUCCGCAAUAUGAACAUGCAGAUAAAGAGAGACGGUGAAGAAAUUGAUGACAGUGGCAUGUCAUACAACAGAGCUAUAUUAUCAGAGACUUUAAACAAAGACGAACCUAAUGGGAGAAGUAGAGAACAACACAGGAAAGAGGCAGAUAUUUCUCGUGAAGAAUACUAUACAAUGCAAGCAAAUCAAAGUGUCCUCAUGAAAACAAUUGAUGAUCAACAGAUGAAAAUAAAGAUGUUAGAGGAAUCAGUAACAAAGCUUGAAAGAAAGAAUAUGUCAUUAACGGAAGAAAUAGAGAAUAUCGGUGUGGAAAAGGGAGAGAAAAUUGACGUGUAUAGUAAGGCUGAAAGAGAAAUAAAAUUUCUCAGGAAUGAGUUGAAGAUAAAAGAAAGAUCACUUCAACUCAGUAUGAUGGAGAGGAAUGAGCUCUUAGACAGAUUAAGCUCUGCAAUACCAAACAAUCUGACAAACUCAAGUUGCUCGAAGACAAAUUUAGAUGAAAUUUCUCGUCCUACUCAGCUUGCAGAUAUGUACUCGAAACUUAUCAACACUGAAUGGUCAGAUUCACUUCAUCUACUCACGCUCGAAAUGAAAGAUGAAAAGACUGUUAUUCAAUGUCUUCUAGAAAUCUUAAUGGAUUCCUAUUGGUUUUGUGUCAGUGAGAACGAAUAUCACACAAAUAUCCUCAUUGAUAGCCUUUUCAACCCGUUUACACGUUCUUCCGACACAAAGACUGUAGAUGUAAAUGUGAUAGGUGAGGUCAGGAUGAAACUUGUGAAAGACUUAAAACGAUCUGCAGUAAUGGAUGCCUUGUCAAAAGUUCAAGUUCAAUUUUUGCAGACCAUGCAAAGGACAAAGAAAAAGUUAUAUGAUGAAAAUACAUCAAAGAAACUUAUUGCCUACAUAGACAAGUGUGUAGAGAUGUGUUGGAAUAUGGUGAAUCAAGACCCUCCCGUACUCCUGGAUCAUAACCCCCCAAAGUCUGGGGAUGAGUUUGAUCGGGAUGCAUAUAAAUUUCACACAAAGUCCGGUUCCAAAGUCGAUUUUCUGGUGCUACCGGCAAUGUUCAUUGAAAGAAGAGGAUUUUUACUUUUGCAAGGUGUGGCGCAACCUAAACAAGAGGGCAUAGCUCUAAGAAUUUCAUCGUCACUGUCAACAAGAUCUUAUAAAAUAUGAUAUUUGUCAACAUAUUAAAACACAAUCACAUUUCAAAGAGCAAACUUAUUUUUGCAUGAAAUGAGAUUUAAUGAUUAAGGAAUACAAAAUAAAAAUAAUUAAACAACUUCUA